AGUUUCCCAAGUGAGCAGCAGCCAAUCAUCUAGCUGGCGGUCCAAGCGGGACAAAGUCCUCCCUCCCGUCCCUCUCUCUCUGUGGACCUGCCCUCUUCAGAGGUUUAACAUUACGCUCUACCUGUCCAGGUGAGCUACACUGCUCAUGAAGUCCUCAAAGUUACCCACCCAUGUCUCCCGCUCGUGACCACCUGACGACACCUAAUCAGACCUGCAGCCUGAACUCGCAAUGGCCGAGGCUUCUGCGCCACCCCUCGACAACCUCGUCUGUCACAUCUGUCUGCAUCCAGUCGCCUGUCCCUUGGACACACCCUGCGGACACACCUACUGCCAAGAGUGCCUCGCCAGCUUCCUGCUGGAGAGUGACCUUUGCCCCGUUUGCCGAGCACCACUCAUGAUGCAAACUUGCAAGAGACCCAGCCUGCUUGUUCAUAAGAUGCUGGACAAGCUGACUGUGGCCUGUUCCUCCACUGAUCAUUGCACUGAAGUCCUGGACCCUGGUGGCUUGGAGGACCAUGUCAACGGCAGUGGGCAGCCCGAAACUACCGUGGUGAUGGAGGACACCACACUACCUCCUGUGUCAUCGUUAAAUUCCGGGCGCCAGUCACCACCUCCUGAUUUGUGCGCUUCGUGCGGCCACAGUCACCAACUGGGGGAGAACCACGAGUACUUUUAUAAAGACGAGGUGGACAACGACCUUGUCUGCCACAUCUGUCUGCAGCCCCUCAUCCGUCCCCUGGACACACCCUGCGGACACACCUACUGCCAGGAGUGUCUCACCAGCUUCCUGCUGGAGAGCGACUUCUGCCCGGUGUGCCGUGCGCCCCUCAUGCUGCAGAGCUGCAGGAAGCCCAGCCUGCUAGUGCACAAGCUGCUGGACAAACUGACUGUGUUUUGUCCCUUCAAGGACCAUUGCACUGAAGUCCUGGCUCGGGGUAACCUGGAGGACCAUAUCAAGAGCAGGUGUAAAGGCGCCUCUCACUAUGGCCUCUCGGCGGACAGGAAGCGGCGCUCACAGGAGGGCGAAUGCACCGACAGCACGUCGGAGCUCACCAUCGCCACGCUGCCCGGCGACGGCCCCACCUCUGCCGCUGUUGCCCUGCUGGCGGACGAGGCAGGCCUGGUCAACCCAGCCUUUGACCCCAGCAUGGAGGAUCACAGCCAGUCGGGCAGCACCACCAGCCUGGCAGCACGCUGCAGCAGCAAGAAGAGUGAGUUGAGAAGCCGAUCUUUUAGAAGGCUGAACCGGGCCUUCAGUGUCCUCAGGAGGACCAAGAGUGGCACAGCCGUCAACAACGAGACAUCGGAAGAGAGGGACAAUGCCAGAAAUUCCAGCGUACCACAAGGAGUGCUAGCUCUGCCUCAGCUUCAUCACCUAAUCCCAGAUGGGGAGGUUACCAGUAUUAAAAUCACCAGGGUGGAUCCCUCAGAGCCACUGGCCAUCAGUAUCGUGGGUGGCAACGAGACGCCGUUGGUCCGCAUCCUCAUCCAGGACAUCUAUAGGGAAGGUGUCAUCGCUCGGGACGGACGCUUACUGCCGGGGGACAUGAUCCUCAAGGUCAACGGCAUCGACAUCAGCAACGUGUCUCACUGCUAUGCUGUGGCAACCCUCAAGCAGCCCUGUCAGCUUCUGCGUCUCACCAUCCUCAGAGAACAGCGCCACCGCUAUCGCCACCCACAUGCGCAGGGCCUUGGGGGCGCCCACCCGUCCCAUGGCCUCCCCCACCACCACCCCUUCAGGGACGACAGCGUCCACGUGGUCCUGAGCAAGAGCGUGCCGGACGAGCAGCUGGGCAUCAAGCUGGUGAGACGGCCCGAGGAGCCCGGCCUGUACAUCUUUGACCUGCUCGAGGGCGGGUUGGCGGCGCGCGAUGGGCAACUCUGUGUCGGCGACCGUGUGCUCGCCAUCAACGGGCACGAUCUUCGUUAUGGAGCUCCAGAGCAUGCUGCUCUGCUUAUCCAGGCAAGCGAGGAGGGCGUCCACUUCGUCGUGUCUCGUCAGAUCUGCCUUCCCGCACCUGAUAUCCUCCAAGAGGCUCCAUGGGCCAUGGACGGUCCCCCGCCGUAUUCCCCUGUAGAUAUGGAGCAAACAUUGCUGGACUCGUGUCAGAAGCCUGCCUGCUACGAGAAGACGGUCACGCUGAGCAAGGAGCCCUACGACUCGUUGGGCAUGGCUGUGGCAGGGGGCAUGUCCAGUCGUGGUUGGGAUCUGCCCAUCUAUGUCACUAAUGUGGACCCCGAUGGCGUGGUAGGCCAGGAGGGAUCCAUACGCAAAGGUGACAUCUUGCUUGAUGUGAACGGGGUGGAUCUGACGGGCGUGACGCGGAGCGAGGCCGUGGCCAACCUGAAGAACACCUCCUCCCCCGUGGUGCUCAAGGUCUUGGAGAUGCGACCGCCCGAGAUGGGCCCACAGGACAGCGAGCUGCCGCCAUGUCUCACUCCCUCACCCACCGACACCACCAAGAGCCUACUACCCAACAAUGACUACUCCCCGCUGUGGGUGACAUGGCUGCAGCUGCCCAGGCAACUGUACAGCUGCAAGGACAUCGUGCUGCGGCGGAGCAUGUCAGGCAGCCUGGGCUUCAGCAUUGUGGGAGGUCAGGAGGAGGUCAACUGCAACCAGUGCUUUUUUAUACGCUCCAUCGUCAAGGGCACGCCUGCCUACAACGACGGCGGCAUCAGGUGCGGGGACAUCUUACUGGAGGUAAACGGUAAGAGCACAUGGGGGAUGACCCACAUGGCGCUGGUGCGCCUCCUCAAGGAGCUCCGAGGAAGAAUCACACUGACCAUCGUCUCCUGGCCGGGUAGCCUGCUGUAGCCACGCCCCAUUGUGGGAGGAGCAUACAAGAGCCCUCUACUUGGACGGAACUUUUUUUUUCAGAGAGGGGACAAAUUGAGACUGGACUUUUUCCAGAGUGUCAUUUGUCCCUGCGAGGACGCAACCACUUGUACAUGUCAAAGAGGACAGCCGCCAGGACACACACUGCAAGAGCAGUAGUUCUAUAUUCGGACGCUUUACUGUAAAUGUUGGCUGUCCAAGAAGCACUUGUAAGACAUUUCUUCUGUUUGUUUGUGGUCACAGGCUGCUUGUCCUGACUUCAAUCCAUGGACCGCACUACACGUUGCCAAGUAGUCGUCUCUGUUCUUCGACUCUUUUAUUAUUUCACUCUCAAGAGAAGCAGAGGAAAAGUAAACAUCAUCAGUGUGUUCAUACGUUGUAUAAAAAAAAAAGAAUAUUUAAUAAUUAUUAGGUGACUUUGUGGAGGCCUUACUAAUUUUCUUACUUUUAAGAGAAAAAAAAACACUGACUUGUAUCUUGUCGAUUGUCUGGAGGCCAUCUGCUGUGGUUCUUUGUGUCCGCUUCGGCCCUUGUCGUUUAUCUGAUGGUACACUUGGUUCAAUGGUCAAUAAAGUCAUUUGAAAAAGAGAUAAUGUUACAGAAACACUCACUUUAAGGCUUUUCACUUUUUGUCUCACAGUUAUUCCUCAUCCCGUUUAUGUUGAUGGUGUUCUGUGUGUUCCUUUCCAGUCCUUUACAUCAAAAAAUGCAGCUCUUUUUAUUGUUGUGCUGCAGAAUGGGCCCUUCAGUCCUUCAAGGUACUAGCUCAAUCUUUCAUUAUUUUAUUUAUUUUAUUUUAUGCUGCAGAUUAUCAUACAGAUCAUCCAGGACUGAAAUCGACCGAUACAGAUGCCCAUCAUAUGGAUUAAUUAUACAUUUUUCAAUGUACAUUGUGGACUCGCCUCCCGCCUCCACCUUUUAUCUUGCAGGUAGGGCUACUUGUUUAACUGAUUAUGCAUCCUUCUCCCAUCACACGUUGUGACACACUGACAGCUAUGUGACUAAGUCUGAAUGAGGAUUGAGUGUAAUGAGUAGUAAUUGAAUGAAAAUUAAGAAACAUUUAAGUUUUAGGGCCCGUUCUGCAAAACAAGAUGAGAUUCAGACUUCUGUGUGAUUCAUGGAUGCAUGGUGCGCCACGAUGCUCUCAGUGUACAGCAGGAACUGAGUGCACUGGCGACUUGGGAGUGUUUUGGGGAUGGGGCGCGGACCUAUCAGGAGCACCAUCUGCUCAGUGAGAACACAAACUGUAGUUCAAUAUGUGCUUUCACUGUUAAGUCCCCAAAUAUCAGAAAAUGUGGCUAGAUUUGUCGCCAGUUGUUUUGAGAAAAUAUGUUGGAAAGAGGAUUUGAAUUUGGACUGCCCAAGAUGUUAGUUCGGUGCAAUAGUAUUUGCUACAAUACUCCUAGCCAGAGGUGAUUGGAAUUGAAAAGCAUUUUCUUGGCAUAAGCCGAUCACAUCCUAUUCUGUUAUUAUAAUUUGUAUAUGUUUUUGUGUGCAAUAUGUUUUUUAUACAUUUAUUUUUAUGGUAUUUUAAAUUUUGUAUCGAAGUUAUUUUUGAUAUAUCACUUUUUAAUAGGCA